AUGAUCUGGAACUGCUCGGAGCUCGGCGCCGGCUACGCCGCCGAUGGCUUUGCGCGCGGCAGGGGCGUGGGCGCCGUGAUCACGACCCUGGGCGUCGGCGGCCUCAGCGCGCUCAACGCGUGUGCGGGCUGCUACAGUGAGGAUCUGCCCGUGCUCUUCAUCAAUGGCGGCGUCAAUUCGAACGACAUGGCGGGCUCGCAGCAUGUGCUGCACCACACAGUGGGGCGGCCCGGGGAUUAUGGGCAGCAGCUGCGGGCCUACAAGGAGUUCACAUGUGCACAGGCGGUGGUGCAGCACACGUCCCAGGCGCAGCGGCAGAGAGAGUCCAAGCCCGGCUAUAUAGAGGUGUGCUGCAACCUGUCGGGCCUCAAGCACCCCUCCCUGUCAGACCCGCCGGCCCCUCUGCCGGACGUUGCGCUUCCCGUCGACGGCCCCUCAUUCUCCGCCGCCGUCGCCGCCGCGGCGGCCGCGCUGCAAGGCGCAGCCAAGCCCGUGCUCCUGGCGGGCCCGCGGCUGCGGGCGGCCAGGCGCCGAGCGGCGUUCGUGCGGGUGGCCGAGGCCUCGGGGCUGCCGGUGGCGGUGACGGCGGACGGGAGGGGCGCGUUCCCGGAGGACCACAAGCAGCUGCUCGGCACCUACUGGGGCGGCAUCAGUGGGCCAGGGGUCAACGAAGCGGUGGCGUCAGCGGAUGUGGUCGUGUCGUGCGGGGUGGUGAACACAGACUACUCCACCCUGGGGCACAGCCACAAGCUAUUGCCGGAGAAGGUGAUCGAUGUGCAGCCCGGGUGUGUGACAGUCAAGGGUGGGCCCACCUACAGCUGCACGGGCGACGUUGAGGGCUUCCUCUCUGCCCUGGCCGGCGAGCUGCAGCCAAACCCGAACCCCCUCAAGACGCUGCACCGCAUGCAGCCGCCCCGCACGCCGCCCUACGCGGCCGCGGAGGAGCCCGCGGAGACAGCUGAGAGCGCCGUGGGGCCGGAGGAGCAGCUGCUGACUGUUUGGACGCUGGGGCGGGAGGUGCAGGAGCACAUCGGCGCCAAAACUGUGGUGCUGGCGGAGACCGGCGAGGCCACGUUCACCGCGAUGAAGCUGCAGCUGCCGCCCGGCUGCCUGAUGGAGGUGCAGAUGCGCUACGGCAGCAUCGGCUGGAGCGUCGGCGCCACGCUGGGCCUCAGCCUGGCGGCGCAGUCCGAGGGCAGGAGGGUGGUGUCGCUUAUCGGGGACGGUUCCUUCCAGAUGACCGCCGUGGAGCUCAGCACUAUGCUGCGCUUCGGCGCGGCGCCCAUCAUCGUGCUGCUCAACAACGGGACCUAUGUGAUAGAGGAGGAGAUCCAUCACGGGGAGGGUUACAAUGACCUGCAGGUCUGGGACUACGUCGCCCUCGCCCGCGCCAUGCACAACGGCCGCGGCCGCCUCCGGGUCGCGACCGCCUCCACCCCCAGCCAGCUGCGCGACGCGCUGCGCGACGCGGCCGGCAGCCCCGACGAGCUGGCGCUGAUCGAGUGCAGGCUGCGGCCCGACGACUGCAGCGUGGAGCUGCUGGAGUUUGGGGCCCGCGUGGCGGCGGCCAACUCGCGGCCGCCGGCAGCUUGA